CCACACUCUUUUCCAUCUCUCUCUAUAAUCCCCUCAGCCACCACCGCCCACCGGCACCGCCCUACGCCCAAUCCAGCGCCACAAAGGAUUCCUCUGGCCUCGACCGCCCCAAUCCCCCUUUCACGAUGGCCCCCCGUCAGCCUGCAAAGGAGCAGGGGUACCUCUCUCCUUCGUCCACCCGCCAGCCCGGCCCAGACUACGUCAACCAGGAUCUCGCAGACGCAGUCAGAGACUCUGUCCAGAUCAAAUCCCCCGCCUCGUCUCAGCGAAGCGACCACCGCCAAGACCAGGGCCUCCUUGACGACGACCUGCCCCGCAAUCACACGCAAGGCAUCCUGCUCAACACCAACAACAAACCAUCUUCGCGUUCUCCUGCACUUCCAUCUCUCGACCCGCUCGUCCCCCGUCGCACCCCUUCGCCCAAUACCGCUGGCAACCCCGCGUACCACCACCAGCAGUACGACGCGUUCCCGCCUUCACCCGACGACGAUCUCGACCAGAUGGCGUCUGUCAGUGCUGGCCAGCCCGCCCUGCCGUCCUCUAGGAUGGCACAGCUCCAAAAUCCGUUCGCGGACGACGAAAUCGAGCCGCCUGUUGGCCGAGUCAGGCCCCCCGGGGCCAAGGAUUAUGCAUAUGAACAGGACGGGACAGUCCAACCGCGAAGGGCCAAAUUCACCAGGGCUCAUACUGGUGCCGCUUCCCCUGGCUCCGCCUUCCACCUGCUUGGAUCCCCCGAGUCUAACGGCAAAGUUCGCACUCGACGUUCCCUGUCGACAGAUUCUUAUGGCGUCGACCCCAAUGUUCAAGAGUUGACCGCGGGACAGAAGAAGAAGCUGGCAGACAAAAAGGGGAGCAGACAUGCGGACGUAAUUGAUACUUGGGACCCUACAGGAAUGGGAAGUGCCAUGUGGCACCACGCUGGACCAUACGACGCCGCUGCCCCGUCCCGCAACGCCAAUGCCCCCAACACCAAGGCUCCCAUGCGUGCAUUCGGUAAAGAAGCCAAACCAGCUGCCCCGCCCCCUCCUCAGCGCGGCCCUUCCUCCAUCUCCCUCUCCGCCCCCGCCCCUCCCGCCAAAGACUCGCCCAAAGCCGAGCAACCCGAGCGACGCCGACCCGGUCGAGCUAUUCCAGGCCGACGCCCUGGAGGCGGAGGCUUGACUGGGCAGUACUCGACUAGUAUGCCGACUGAUGGGGGUUACUUUCCCAACGAGGAGGAUGAGCCGCAGGACGAAGCUGCGAUAUUGAGAAUGGAAAAGCAGAAGGAGAGGGAGGCCAAGCGGAUGGCUUUGAAGGCUGCUUGGGGUAUCGACACGCCUGAGCCGUUUGAAGACUAUGGCAGAUCGCCACAGGAAAAUACUAUCGACAUCACCGAAGAACUCUAUUCCCCAGAGUCUGUUUCGGCUCCUCUUCCUGGUGGCCGUCCUAUGCGCUCUCCCGGCUCGCGCUUCGGCCCCAUGUCCCCACCUAUCCAAGAAGAAGGCGGUGCUCCUUCCCCCGGAUCAGAAACUGCCCCCUCAUCUUAUCCUCGAGGUGGCGUGGUCACAGCGACCAAUGUCCCUCCUGGCGGCAUCAAGCGUACCAAGAGCUUGAUGCAGAAAAUUAAGACUAUGCGUGAGAAUGGCAACUCUCCCAUGCGAGGCAAGUCUGGCGAACGAUCUUACUCGCCUCACCAGAGGGAACCUUCUCCUAUGCCGUCCGACGGGGCAAGCGAGGCGGCGAGUGACCACGCACCUUCGCCAAGUACCCGCUCGAACGGGCUACCUACUCCCAUCACCGAAAAGGAGAAGCAGCGAUACCCCCACCUCUAUGGUGGCAAGGCCAACGGCCGAGCGCCCUCACCCAAGCUUUCUGGUCCCCCCUCGGUGACCUUUGUCGACUCUCCCGGGGCUCAAUCCCCGGUCGGUGUCGCUCCUGCCCUGGGAGAACUCGACUUUAGUUCGCCGGCCAAGGAGGUCAACAAUGACCACAUUCCCGCCCCGCUCGACUUUUCCGAACAGCAGCGUCAGGUGCCUACCAACCCGAGCAUCCAGAUUGUAGAGUCUCCCUCUUCCAAAGCUCGCGCGCUUCGCGCUUUGCAGAAAGAAGCUUCACUUGGAAAGUCAUCUUCCGCCUCCGCCUCAGUGCCUGCCUCUACUCCUCAGAGUGGCCCCGGUCUGCGUCGAAAGCCGAGCGCAAACGCCCCGCCGGUAGCACCAGUUCUGCCCGAGUGGGACGAUUACUGGACGCGGCAGGGAAAGAAGGGGAGUGCGAGCGGGGACAGUUCGUUGUUGGAUGAUGGAGGACAAGUCAAGGAAACGACACAGCUGAAGAGAAAGACCAGUAUGGUGAAGAAACUGAGGGAUAAGAUGGGUGGAAAAUAGACGGCGGCGGGUUGUGCAGGCUAGAUCCAAUGAGGAAUUAGUUGCUUUCAGAAUGGCGUGUAUAUAGAGAUAGUUAUUGUGUUCAUCCGAUCAUAGAUAAGACAAUGCAC